AUGCAUGAUCCAACGAGCAGCGCACUGGGCACCGUCCAGAUCCGGAGUUCGUCUACAAACGAGAUUAUUCUCAUCCCAACUCCUUCCAAUGAUCCAAAUGACCCUCUCAACUGGUCCAAGAUUCGGCGAUACUACAUUGCCCUCACGGCAUGCGUCGCCAUGUUUCUCUGCACCUUCUUGGCCAGCGGCCCGUCUGUGGCACUUCCUCAAAUGGCGCAAGACUUCUUGGGACACACGAAAUCAACACCGCCGGAACGCAUCGCCAAAACAGCAUACUUUAUUACAACCGUAACUCUGAUGCAAGGCAUUGGAUGCCUCGUGUGGAUGCCACUCAUUAUCAAAUACGGCCGUCGACCCGUCUACAUUGCUUCCUUCACUUUGUACACGGGUACUGCAAUCUGGGCGGCAGUGGCCAACUCAUACGCAAAUGAACUCUCUUCAAGGAUUAUCAUGGGAAUUGCUAUUGGUGCUGGGGAAUGCUUAGCCCCCGUCACAAUCGCAGAUGUCACCUUUCUCCACGAACGCGGCGCAUUGAUGGCCGUGUAUACGGCCUCGAUUUCAGGCGGUGUAGCUGGAGGCAUUAUCGUCUCUGGUUUGAUCACCAUCGCCCAUGGAUGGAGGACGAUUUACCACGUGUCAAUUGCUCUAAUCGGCACAAUGACUCUUCUCCUAUGCUUCACAAUGCCUGAAACCUCAUACGUCCGAAACCCAGCCCAGACCGCAACCGCCGACGCAUCGACUCCUUUGGAUAAAGAAGGUGGCACAGACUAUGCCGAAAAUGUCAGCUCCAGGGAGCAAAGCAUUCCGAAAAAGCACACGUUUCUCCAGGAGCUUCGUUGCUUUCAUGGCACAUUUACACAGGAGCCACUGGUCAAGAUAUUUGUUCGACCAAUCGGGCUACUGAUUCUGCCUCCAGUGCUGUGGGCUACGUUGGUAAUGUCCGUGCUGAUUGGGUUUUUGGUUGCAGUCGCUUCCACGUUUUCGUCUGCGUUCGCCCAGGUCUACAAGUUUGAGCCAUAUCAAUCCGGAUUAUGCUUCAUCGCGGCUCUGAUUGGAUCCCUUGUUGGCAUCGCCUUUGGAGGCAAAGUUACCGAAGCCGUUGCUAAUUAUUUCACCAAGAAAAAUGGCGGUGUCAGAGAACCAGAAAUGAGGAUUCCGGCUAUAAUAGCUAGCAUCUUAGCAGCUCCAACUGCCUUGGUACUGUACGGCGUCGGUAUUCAAAACAGAUUACACUGGAUGGUCCCGACGAUCGGGCUUAGCCUACUAAACUUCUCCAUUGUCCAGGCGGUCAACAUAAGCAUGGUAUACACGAUCGACUCGUACCGGCCCAUUGGAGGAGAGGUUGUAACAACUCAAUUGGGUUUCAAAGGUUAA